UUAUUUGGUUAUCUGUAAGACGCGAUACGUCAAUCCACCAGACGCAAAUAAGGAAACAAGGGCAAAAACUAAUUUCAACCGCGACACAAGCGACCUUACGUUCAACGGGGUUUUAUUAUAUUCCACAAUCCGUCUGGCCGAUAUUCGGAUCACGUAUGACACUUCGCAAGGUUGCGGGUUGGGAUAUUUUUACAGUUUUGUCGCUGUGUCGGCCUUUUUAACACCUGAAUUCACCGGAGGAUGAUGAAAAAGCCGACACAGGAAACAACUUUUCCCACUCGAACCAACAAUCAAUACGUUUCUUCCUAUGGAGUUUGAAUUUUCAACAUAUUCUUCAUAUCAGAUGUCCCUGGAAUCCCAAGUGUCUGAGGAGGCGAGGGCGUCCAAGAAGCUCAACAUCGAAAAGGCCGCUAAUUUCAUGCGUCAGUACCGCGACCCGGAGUCACGGGAGCUGAAAAAGCUCUCGGCGAACCAGUUCACUCAGGUUUGGGGCCAUUACGACAAAGACGGCAACGGCUAUAUCGAAGGCACCGAGCUUGACGGCUUCCUCCGAGAGUUUGUCUCUUCGGCCAACCCGGCGGACAUCGGGCCCGAGGCAGUCUCGGACGCGAUGCUCGAAGAGCUCAAAGCCUGCUUCAUGGAAGCUUACGACGACAACCAGGACGGAAAAAUCGACAUCCGAGAGCUCGCUCAACUUUUGCCCAUGGAGGAAAAUUUUCUCGUACUCUUCAGGUUUGACAACCCUUUGGAAUCCAGCGUGGAAUUCAUGAAGAUCUGGAGGGAGUACGAUUCAGACGGCAGCGGGUACAUCGAAGCGGAUGAACUUAAGAAUUUUCUCAGAGACCUGCUCAAGGAGGCUAAAGUCAACGACGUGUCUGAGGACAAGCUCAUCGAGUACACCGACACGAUGCUUCAAGUUUUCGACGCCAACAAAGAUGGAAGACUUCAGUUAUCCGAAAUGGCAAAACUGCUCCCGGUGAAAGAGAACUUUCUCACGAGGCAGAUAUUUAAAGAAAUCACGUCGGAGGGAGCGACAAAACUGACGAAGGAAGACAUUGAAAAAGUCUUCUCCCUCUACGACAGGGAUAACAACGGCACGAUUGAAAACGAGGAGUUGAGGGGCUUUCUUAAAGAUCUUCUGGAGCUGGUGAAAAAGGAUUACGACACUCAGGACCUCGCGGAGUUCGAAGAGACCAUCCUAAGAGGUGUGGACUACAACCAGGACGGCAAGAUCAACAAGAAAGAACUGACAAUGAUCCUUCUCGCCAUCGCAAAGCACACACAAGAGGAGGAGAACUAAACUAUAUAUUCAAUAAGCACAAAAAUCGUCUGGGGUUUGUUGAUGUCGUUAACACAGCUGAAAUCGCGAGACGAGCCCCCGGGGCCGCGAGAGUUUUUGACUCGUAUAAUAAAUAUUUUCGCUUCGUCGCUCUCUCCUAAAGGCAGGCCCCGUUCUCACGGAUUUCCCAUCCAUGCCAAUUUUGAUUUGUCAAAUUUGAACAGUUUAAGUGUUUAAAGUUAGUUUAUUUUUUAAUGUAUAAGCACUGGUUUUCCAGAGAAAAUGGCCUUUAGGGCACACGCUAAAUCGAUGUUGUGGCUGAUACUCUAAAGUUCAUCAGUUCAAUAUGUUUA